AUGUUUGUUCAGGCUCUAGUCUGCUGUGAAGGGUUCCACAUUCCACUACCUCCGAGUGAUCCCCGUCAUGAUGAGAACCAUACUCUACAAGAAAGCAUAUAUUGGACAUGUUUCAAGUCGGAAUUAGAGCUUCGAUUGGAAUUGGGGGUUGGAAAUACCACCUGCUUGGACCUGACAUAUCCUGCCCUCUUCCCUUCCCCUCCCAAAGAUCUUGAAACCCAGGGAGAGACCGUGUGGUAUUUCUAUCUAGCUGAGAUAGCUCUACGCCGGUUGGGAAACCGAGUUUUGAACUAUGUCUAUAAUUGUAAGCCGUUUGGGAAAUCGGUCGAUGUGGCGACGAUCAGGGAGUUCGAAGGACAGGCACACGGACUACUGAACUCGCUCCCCGCACUGCUAAAGCCUGAUACGCCGAGCGCGGAAGCGCAAGAUAAAGACCACGAGCACUCUGCUUUGCGUUUUAUCUUGAGUGGCCAUGCCAUCGACUGCUUCGAGAUGAUCUACUGGCCUUUUAUUUUCGAUGCCAUCCACGAAGGUCUACCUCACGAUCCCGAGCUAGUAGCCUUUGUGCGAAAGGGGCUACAUAUGUAUGGGUCUCGAAUUGAAAGUAACGAGGCUGGAUUUUACUAUCGUCAUCACGCUCGUCGGGGCCUUGUUACGUUACUUCCCCCCAACUGGAGAGAUGGCGUUGGGCGGGUGAUGCAAAUGCUAAAAUACUGGAGCUCCGAGGCGAAGGAUAUCGCUAGUCAAUUAGAGAUACUCGAGGAUUUGAUGAGAGACGUUCCAGAAGACUGA